AUGUAUAAGAAUGAUUAUCAGGGUGGUCCAUAUUUUGAAAUAUUUAGUGCCCAAGGUAAAGAUUCAACAAGUAAUUGGAAAGUAACUGGUGGAGUCAAACGGAUUUAUGCGAAGGAUGUGAAAAGUUUUGUGUAUAUAUUAGAAGGAACACCAGCUGCUUGUAAAAUAUCUACACCUAAAGAUUCCAAACAAUCAUUGGCAUUGGUGCAACAUUUUUUAGUUUUUCAAGUUUAUGUUAAUAAAGGACAAGAUUUUUCCAUUCAGAUUGGUUUAAAUGAUAUUGGUAAUAAUAAAAGACGUUUAUUUCUAUCUACAUCACAAAAAGAAACACAAGUAACUCCACUUCAUGCUAAAAUACCAUUAACAGUAUUAAAAAGAUCAGUAUGGUUGAACCUAUGUUUAGAUAUGAUAUCUCUGGUUGGAGAUGUAUGGAAAGGACAGACUUUCAGAUCUAUUGAAGAUGUUUGUAUAUCUGCUAACUGUCAUUUACGACGUAUUUAUACAUUAAAAUCUCAACCUCCUGACACCACAGAUGAUGAGGAUGUUUAUGGUUGUCAUAGUAACAAUGAUAUUAUAUUAGAAGCAAUACCAAAACAGUGUUCUCUAUCAUCUGAUUUAUUAUCCUUAACACAGGUGAUAAAUUAUGAUAAAGUGAAAUGUGUAGAACGACUCCGACAACAAUCAACAAGUGAUAUUAGUAAACAAAGUGCAAUAUCAGACACAAUAGAUUUAAACGCCAGUGGAAAUAAAGGUUUGAAUGGUGAUUUCCAUAUAGCAUUUGGGGCUCGUGUCCCUAUACCAGAAACCUCACGGAAAACCAGUAACGGAAAAUUAAAUUCGUCUGGUAAUAGAAGUUUUUACCAAGAAAAAGAUGGAAUAACAAUAAGUGGGUCUCUGAGUUCAAGUAGUACAUCUAGAAUAAAGAAAGUUGAUCUUAAUAGUUCUUUUCCCAGUAGAUCUAUUGAAGUAGAUGAAACAGAUAGCACUCAAGUUACACCACAUCCACCAAGAGAACCAUCUAAAGACCGGGUUAGAAGAAGACCUAGAGUUAAAACAUUAUCUGGUAAUAGUAAAGAUAGACAAUCUAGUGCUGGUUCACUACAUGAAGAAGAAACAGAACAAUUUGCCAAACCAUUACCCAAGAAACCAGAUCCAGAUGGAAGAAAGAAAAAAACAUCUUCGGCUGUUAGUUCAAGGUCUGGAUCUGGUUCCAGACCGAAUUCUGGGUCACGACCUAAUUCAGGUUCAAGACCAACCUCUGGAACAAAACAAAGUGUCAAUACAAAAUCACAUACAUCAACUGUAAACUCAAAGAAUGUAUUAAGAAGUUUUGGUGACGGGGAAGAAGUAAUUCAAUCAGCUGGAGUAAAACAGACAUCAUCAACUAAAUCAAAACCAGAUAAACCACCAUUUGAUCCUUCCAAAUAUUCUAGUGGUGUUGGUUAUGAAUCAGAUGAUGAAUUAAUAGAAGUUAUCAAUGCAUUAAAAUAUAAUGAUAAUAUAACAUCAUCAACGUGUAGUUCAUCACCAGCAGUAGAAUAUGAAGAUAGUGAAGGUGAUGAAAGUUCAGAGAAAAAUAGGUUACAUAUAUUUGCCUCACGUCCUACUGCUGCUAGAAGAAACAAUAUGUCACCUAAUACCCAGUCUAAUCAAGACAGUCCACAGAUGCGGAAACAUUUUUCCAAGAGUAGUCGUUCAUUACAAAGAUCCCAUGCUGAUAUAUAUUCUGCAAGAGGAGCCAGAUUAGAAGAUGAUUUUGUCAAUAGUCAAUCCAGCAGUGAGGAGGAGGAAUACCUUCAAAAAUCUCAUAGAUCUAACUCCCGUCCAACUAGCAAUACCUCCAGUCAAGGUGGAAGUCCUAAGUCUCGGAAUGGAUCAGCAUCUAAACGUAACCUUAUAGGUCCUAAACCGUCCAGUAUUAGUCCUGAACACAGAGGAGAUGAUUUUUUACCAAACUCAACCUCACAACCAUCAGGUCAUCUAGCUAGAAUGAGUGUUAAAAUUUUGAAAGAAAUCACCAAAAGCGACCCAAGACUAAAAUCUCAGAGGGUAUAUAAUAAAGAGAAGUAUAAAACUGCUGAUAUAACAGAAUCAUUUGAAGCCAAUAUGUUUGCCAGUAUGCAGCGUCAACAAGAAGAAGAUAUGGAAGAAAUUAGUAAUGAUAGUAAUAUUAAAGUUAUUAUUAGUCCACGACGUAUUAAAAAUAAAUCCCAGCAUACGUAUGAUUCACCUGCUACUACUAGUGAUGAAGAUACUAGUUUUAGUACUUGGAAAGCACCAGCAGCUAAUCAAAGAGGUUAUAAUAUACAUGAGGAAAUGAAGUCAAGAUUAAGUAGUGAUACAUUAACAUCAUCUAAUCCAAGAGAUUGGAGCGGAGUAUAUAGUCCACCUAUUAAUUUACCAAAUGAUGUCAACAGUCAACUUAGAACAUCAACAGACUGUAGUGACAAUAGUUUAUCACCUAGGAAAGAUAAAUAUAGUCCAGGCAAUACGUUAAAUAAUGUAGCAGAAGUAGAAACUGAUACAGAAACAGAUGGAGAAGAACUUGACUUGUUAUUUGAUUCAGUACUUAACUGUUAUUAUGAUCCAAAAACACAAAAAUAUUAUGAACUUUCAAUAUAG